CAUCUCUGAUAGAAUCUGGACGUCUUACAUGCUCGCAACGUCGUGCGUCUCAGUGCUUCCGAAUCACUGUGGCUACAUCAUCAUUAUCGUUACAUUCGUUCAGUGUCGCAUCCUCCGUUCCACCGCUUCCAUCCUCCAGACGACCCACACCCACUCGAGACGAGCCGUGUUCAGCCUGGUGCCACGCAACCAUCAGACACUUCUGUGGCUCACGACUUCCCCCGCUAUCUCUCUGGGCGCCGCAACGAAGCUAUGGCCAAGAAAAAGACGCUUGUAAUCUCGGGUCCGAUGGAUGCUAAACAUGUUGGGGGUGUGAAUGUUCUAGGCGGUAGCGGUGCCAGUCUUAAUGACUACUUCCACGCCACAGCGAUCGUACCGGAUGAGAGACCUUCACAUACUUUUGUUGCUACUGGGAAGACUGAAGUACCGAGACGGGCAGACACCGUGGGCGGCACACUUCGACGAUCAAGCGUUUCACUGAGCAGGAGUCUCUCCAAACUGAGGCACAACUCUUCCUCGCAUCAUACUGAAACAACACAAGUCAGUGGCAAAAAUAGUGAGAUGGAUAGUCCGUUGGGGAGAUCGGACAGUACAAGCAGGCCUUUAAGAAAGCAGUCGAGCAUAUCACGACUACGACAGAGGGUCGGACUAGACUACGAACUGUACGAUACAGCGCCGAAGUCGAAGUCACCCACUCCCGAACCCCAUUUCUUACCAGAACUGGUAUUCCAAGAUGACCUGCGACUACGAGAUGCCAGGGCCCUAGCGCGUCUUACUACGACCUCUUCCAUCUACUCAACUCCAGAUCCUGGUCCUCCUCAGACAACGAUCGUACGUAAACAAGCGCCUCCCAUAGCGCAGCGACGUCCUUCGCCUCUCGAUAGCCAAACCUCAAAUGCAAGCUUGCAGCCACCUGCAAAACCGAAACGCGCAGAUUCGGGUACCGCGAUUGACUUCAAGCAUAUACCAGUGCAGGAACGACCAAUUCCUUUCAAGGAGAUCAUGGCGAUGCCCACCCUUGAUGAGCGCAUGGCCAUGUACAAGAAGACGCGCGAGUACUGGGCGCAUGCAGAGCAUGGGCUGGUAGAAUGGACAGCACGCGCCGCGGGACCGAAAGCGCCCAGCACACGGUCGUAAAGGCGCAUGUUUCUUUAGUUUCUUCCCUUUGAGUUUGAAUUUUACGUCUCCCAUUCCAUAUGAUACCCCAUUCACGACCGGCCAUUGUAUUCAUAGUUUGUGUUCCACGCUGGUCGCUCUGAUGCGCUUUCGU